AAAGCAGACUCCUUGACUACGCGGUUCAAGCCGUUUGAGAUAAAUCCGGCGCGUGUCGGGCAGUGCCGAGGGGGUAACGACUUCGGGAAUCCGGCUGACAGCAAAUUGGGCGCCACGUGAUGCCGGAUGGCGGAGGGAGACGAGUUCGCUGAGCUCGCCGAGACCAACUUGAACCACCACCACCUGCACCAGUAUGGCGGCCACGGCGGCCACGGCGGCCACGGCGGCCACGGCGCGCGCGGCGUGCACGGCGUGCCGCAGAUGCAUCGUCGCGGCGCGGGCCCCGGCGGCUCGGGGGGCUGGGGCCACGGACUGGGCCACGGACUGGGGCCCCAGGGCACGAGCUACGAGGCGGAGGACGCCAUGCGCGCGUCCAACCGCCACGGCGGCGCCGGUGGCGGCCACGGGGGGCGCGGCGUGGGCGUGGGCUCGGGGGCCUUCUACUCGCCGCCGGGCACGUCCUACACCAUAGUGGAGCGCCCCUCCAGCGCCCCCCGCGGCACCUACCUGGGCGGCCAGGGCCAGGGCGGCCAUGGCGGCCACGGCGGCCAGGGCGGCCAGGGCGGCGGGGGCUCCACCAGCCCGCCCACCGGCAGGCAUGCCGCCCACCAGGCCCACCACAACAAGAAGCGGCCCCUCUCGCCCGAGGAGGUGCUCAAGUUGAUGGGCGUGGGCGUGGGCGCGGGCGGCAAGUCCAGGGACGCGCCGGCCAGCGACCCGCCGCGCCGACGGCCGCCCCCCGCCGCCAGCCCGCCGCUCUCCGAGCUGCCCGUGCGCACCGUGACCAUGGUGCGCGCCAACGACGCGCCGCCGCAGCCCCACCACGGCCCCGGGCACGGCUUCGGCAUAUGCGUCAAGGGAGGCGCCAAGGACACUGCCAUCGACUGGGACCGGAGGGACGGCAGGUCCGACCCCACCACCCCGUUCCGCUUCCCUUCGCCAGGUGAGUGUGCCACGGGCGUCUACAUCUCCCGGGUGGAGGAGGGCAGCGUGGCCCAGCGCGCGGGGCUGCGGCCUGGUGACGUCAUCCUGGAGGUGAACGGGACGCCCUUCAGCGGGCUGUCGCACGAGGACGCGCUCAAGAUGCUCAAGUCGUGCCGCAAGAUGACGAUGACGGUGCGCGCCGCCCCCGCGCCGCCCCCGUCCCAGUCGGGCCACCACCCCUCGCUGGCGGCGCAGGCGGCGUGGGCGGCGCGGCAAGCCUACAGCUGGAUGGACCGCUCCGGCCGACCCGUCUCGCCGCCGCCGCCACUGCCGUCGCCGCACUCGCCCAGCCGCUGGGCCCACGCCAGGACCAGGAAGGUGGACCUGAGCAUCGAACCGGGGCAGAGCCUGGGGCUCAUGAUCCGGGGCGGCAUCGAGUACAACCUGGGCGUGUUCAUCACGGGCGUGGACAAGGACUCGGUCGCGGACAGAGCGGGACUCAUGAUCGGCGACCAGAUCCUGGAGGUGAACGGGCAGUCCUUCCUGGACGUGACGCACGACGAGGCGGUGACGCAGCUCAAGCUGCACAAGAGGAUGACGCUCACCGUGAGGGACGUCGGCAAGGUGCCGCACUCCUGCACCGACCCGCCGCCCCGACCGUGGGACAGCCCAGGCAGGGGUUUCCUGGGCGGGUCGGGACGCUCCCCGGCGCUCCAGAUGGUGGAGGAGAAGGCCCGCGUCGUGCUGUCCAAGAGCGAGUUCGCCACGCUCGCCUACUACCAGGAGGAGUACGCCGGCGGACAGAUGACCAUCGAGGCCUUCGUGGCCGUGCUGCUGGAGCUGCUAAACACGCCGGAGAAGUACACGCUGCUGACCGAGCUCCGGGAGGUGGUGGUGCCGGAGGACAGGGCUCGCUUCGACGAGCUGGUGUACCGCCGUGAGGUGGAGAGCCGCCGCAUCCGGGACAUCACCAGGCCGGACAGCCUGGGCGGCGCGAUGUGCUGCGACGUGGACCUGCUCGAGUUCAAGACCCCCCUGAGCGAGGACUCGGGGCUCGGCCUGGGCGCCGACUACCCAAGGUCGGGCCGCGGCUUCCCGGCCUCCCCCAUGCCCUCCUCGCGCGUCCCGCACCGCACGUCGGACCUAGCGCUCUCCGAAGAGGACAUGGCCAUGAUGCAUCAGGAUUACGGCAGUCUGGACGGAGAAAAGUUGCGCGGCCGAAGACAUUCGAGCCCCGAAAACUCCCUCUCCGGUUCCAUCACCAGGCUGCAGGAUGACAGCUUCGACGACUCUCGAAUGCCCGGCUACUUGGAGGGCCUGCGUUCGCACUUGGGUGGCUGGACUCAGAAAGUCAAGUCAUGGUACUGGGGGAGUCCUCUUCUCCCCCACAAGCUGGGCCGCAGCUUCGACAUGAAGGAGGACCAGGAGCUGCUGGAGACGGACCCCGUGAUGCGCCGCCACCACUCAAUGCAGAGGCUGGGGCUCGGCCGGCAGGCCCACGACGAUGCCAGCAGGGAGGCGGAGGCGGCGAUGGUGGUGGCCGACCAGCUGGGCAACCUGCGCAUCACGGUGCGGAAGAACAAGCCGCUGCUGGGCAUCGCCAUCGAAGGCGGCGCCAACACCAGGCACCCGCUGCCGCGCAUCAUCAACAUCCACGAGCACGGCGCGGCGUACGAGGCCGGCGGCUUGGAGGUGGGCCAGCUCAUCCUGGAAGUGGACGGCCACCGCGUGGAGUCCAUGCACCACCAGGACGUGGCGAGGAUGAUCGCCGAGUCCUUCGCGCGCCGCGACCGCGGCGAGAUCGAGUUCCUAGUGAUCGAGGCCAAGAAGUCGAACCUCGAGCCCAAGCCGACAGCACUCAUAUUCCUGGAAGGAUAACACGACGCUGCGAGGUCUGGGACGCCGGCACCCC